CCCGGGCAUUGUGUGGGCAGCGGAGCAUCUGUCUGCUCCUCUCUUGCAGCCGGGAGACUGGGGCUGAAGCCCAUACUCAGAAAUGGGGCUGGAAUAUUGAUUCAUAUUGAUUUAUUUGACCCCCAAACCUUAGGUUGCCUCAUAGCACCUUAUAGCCAUGUAUUUUUCCUGCUAGUUGUCCCCUCCUCUGCACAAUUUGUAUAUUUCCUCUUGAAUAGAUUUCAGAAUGGAUUCUACUCCUGAUAUCCUUCAGCGUUAUGAGGAGAUGUUUAUUCAUCGGUUUACAUCAGAUGACGCUGAAUAUCAGGAAUACGUCAACAGCCCUGCAGCUCCACCUCCCGUAGUAGAAGAUUGGUUAAACAGAGAACGCAGAGUGCCUUCCACACUCGAGAUCCUUCAGAAUUUCGAAAAGAUGUUUGUCCAUCGAUUUUCAUCGGAAGAUGAGGAAUAUCAAAAAUACGUCCAACGUCCUGAAGGCCAACCUCCCCUACUAGGAGACUGGAGAAGCAGAUCGGGUGGUCGAGAUCGGUUCAGAGAUAACAGACAGUUCAGAGGCAGAGGGGACAGAUAUGACCAGCAAGGCGGGUAUCGAUCUAGUCAGUGGCAAGAAAGAGGCUGGGGCAACAGUUACCAGCAACAGAGACAGUCGUCUUAUUCCCAGCACGGCCGGGCGCCCCGGUACGGUUACAGUUCUUACUCUCCGGGACCCCAGUAUGGUCAUUACUGAUAGGGCCCAUUGAUGCGAUGACUUGCAGUUGUAUUUCCAGUAUUAUGAUCUUUCUGUUUGGUUCUGUCAGGCAUGAAUCUCAAUUUUAUUCAGGUUUAGAUUCUGAGUUUGUGUAUAAUGGGUUUGUUGCGAGGGUUAAUGCAAACCCGCUGAUGUAUUUCUGCAAUGCAUGUUUAGCAAAGGGUAGCUGAUGUUUUGAAACUGACAUGCAAAAGAUAACACUGAUUUCACUACCCUUCUGUUAAUUUCUGCUUCCUGUUUUUGUGUCACUAGUAUUUAAUGGAUCUGGGGAAAAAGAAAUAGCGUUUGUGUCAGGCAAAUCUGACAAGGGCCGAACUGCUCUUUCUGAAAUCCUGAUUCAUAUCUGGUUGUUACUAGUGGGUAGACGUACUGCUGAUUUUAAUCUUUAGUCGUGGGAGAGAAACAUUCAGGUUGUAUUUAGCUACUGCUAAUAAAUAAGCUUAUGUUUUCCA